UGAAUUAGCACUUGAUGAAUGCGGUCAAUAUCUGCUACGACGCGUGGCAAUCUAACCCAGAGUUCCGUUCAAUCAACAAUCACCCUUAAAGUAAUACGAAUUGUUUAAGAAUAAUCAUGGAGAAAUCGAUGCCAACUCCUAGCGACUACGUACGACGUUCCACAUGGCUACCUCUAUCAUCUACAAAGGCGAUAUGACCGCCUAAACGUAAAUUGAUCGAUCGAUCGCCCAAAUGCGGCUGAGCGCUAACCCAGGGACAUUGUCAUAGAACCGGUUUUAUAAGACCCCUACAUUGAAAAAAGCAUAGAGAAACCAGCUACUUUCUAGCGACUGAUCUCAGAACUGAGGUUCUUGGAAAUGGACUUUCCAAGAAUAAAAUGUCAAUUGACUAUUGGCCCUAGAAAAUAGUAAACCGGCUCUGCGCUAAAAGGAGUUCGGCCUCUAGAUCUUCAUCACCAGACUUAGUUCUCUAGAGAGCCAUCGACGUCAUCGGCCUAGCUAAUAGCCAAUUGGUCAAGUACGAACAUCGCCUUUUGAAUAAGAACAAGAAAUCAUGGAAAAUUCGAGGCGCCGGGCGUGUACUAGUUCUAUCACCACGUAUAUAAGUUGGAGGACUUGUUCAACUCGGCAGAUUUAGUUCUUUAAGAGUUGGCUGGCUGUUACGCACAACCUACACAAUGUCUACUAACCAAGACAAAAAGCGAUAUGGCUCUUCGGACCAAAACCUAACUAGUACCAGAAUCGCAGACAUCCUUCCGGUUCCGCCAACGACACAGCCUGUUAGCGAACCCGAGAAGCAAGCAAAGGCAAAUAGUCUAGCUGAAGAACCAACACUCUCUCAUGCUUUGGCGACUGACGACCAUGAAGAGAAAGGGCUGGCUCAACAAGAACACGACGAGGAGGUAGUUGAUUUAGGUUGGAACGAGAAGAAGCAUGAUAUUCCUGCGCCGUUAGUCGGAGGCUUGGACAACGAAGAUUUAUGGCUUCUUGUUCGUAGAUUUAACAAGCAAGUAUACCAAGUCAAAGAAGUUCUCGCUGCUGUGCCUGGGGAUCUGGAUCUAAAUAUCGCCGACGAGGAGGAAUUCUCUCCCGAUAAAUUACGCGCUAAUAUCGAGCGUUUUUACAUGACCGUCGUAGUAGGAUUACUCGCAGCUGUGAAGCAUGUUGCACGGUUACGCUCGUGGCGUGAGGCCCGACGGACCUCGUAUUUUUGCGCGGCUUACUUUGUCGCUUGGGCGUUUGAUAUGAUUGUCCCACUUCUAACAUUGACUUUGAUCAUCUUGAUCGUCUACCCGCGGUCGAGGGAGAUUUUAUUUCCACCAGCGCCCCUCGCUUUGGUAGAUACCAAAACCGGCGGCGUACAGAAACCUAAGGCUGGCGUUCUUGGUAGUACCGAAAGCCCAACUGGGGCACCACAGAACUUUAAAGGCGAGGCUGUAGAGCAGGAGGCUAGCAACUUCGUCAAUAUCUUUACUUCCAUCGUAGUUACUAGCGCCACGGGAAAACACCCGCAAGGAGCGCCCUCGACAGAGACAGGUUCUCCUGACGAUGCCGUGCCCGAUCCUACGAGGGCAACUAUAGCAGCUGCCGAGGCAAAAGACGUUGCGGCUGGAGGUAAAGCCGGCCCGAAGCAUGAUAAGACUAAAGUUCCUGUCGAGACGGCAAUGUGGACAAAUAUGAGACCUAUCAUGCACGGCAUCGCAGAUGUGUCAGAUACGUGGGAGCGAUUCGCAAACGCUCUUUCUCCUACGCCGCCGUUCCCAAGGGAGGUCUAUAGACUUAGGCUUGCUACUUUGAUUGCACCCCUCUUCCUCAUCUCCUUGUUCGUCACGUCAUAUAUGUUUAUGAGAGGGGUGACAUUUGGAGUAGGUGUUGGCUUCUUCGGGGAUCCCAUCAUUUCACGCGGAUUAAAGUGGCUUAACCACGCAUUCCCUCACUGGCAGAAGCUCCUGGAGCUUCGCAAUACGGUCCUCAAAGGUGUACCAACCAAUGCGCAGUUGACACUCACUCUGCUUCGCACAGGCGAGGCGAAUAAGGCACCUUUACCACCACCUCCAUGCAUCAACGAGCCGCCCCCCGAGAGGCCUACGGAAGUCACUGAUGCCGAAUUGCGAGCCACUGGGGCCGAACCCCCGUUAAACGCGACCGACGAAGAGCUUCAGGAGGCCAUGGAGCACGAUCCACGAACUGCAUACGAGACUGGUGGUUCGGACAUAGAUGCCGCAAAGGGCUCAUCCAAGCACGGUAAGCGUGGGAGUAAGAUUAUAGGUUUCUUCAAGGGGACAACGAAGGGCGCAGUUAAGGCGGCCAUUGGGUCCGAUCACGCUCGGGCGAAGGCGGGAUCUCAUCACGCCAGGAACCGUCUGGGUGCCGUUCCACGGUCGAACACUAACCACGUUUCUGGACCUGUCGAUUUUAAGAGUCGCUACAACGGUAAGAAAGGACAUGUAUAUAUCACUACGAAGUCGACGAUCCCAGCGGUAUCCUUUAGCACGGACGAGACAAUCGAGAAGAUCGGGUCGGCGGAGCGAGAAGAUUUACACCCGCUAUGGGCCGUGGCAAUCAACGAUAUCGCCGAGAUUAAGAAGGUUGGCGGAUACGGAUGGAAGGCUAAAAUCGUUGUGGGCUGGUCUCUGGGUAGAGAGGUGGCUGACGGGUUGGAGAUCACGGAUCGGACGGGGAAUGUACGGCGCAUCACUGCCCUGCCUAUGAGGGAUGAGUUAUUUAACCGUCUCGUGGCAAUCGGAGGACAGAAAUGGGAGGCCUGGUGAGAGGCUCACGACCACAAAUUUCCCGAUAUUUUCAUAUGUCUAACAGAAAGGGGUAGUGCAAAAGCAUGUCCGGGCGACUGAUUAGUCGCUAUAGUUUUACUUCUUUGUAUAUAUAGUAGAGAACGUGUAGGAUAAGGGCAUAUAUAAUCUUUCAAUCUAUUAUGUAGUCGCGAUA